ACCUUCCCAGUUGCCCUGGAAACGCCUUUUCCGUACAACAUGGCCGCGCCCACUGACUCGCGUUUUUCCCGCCAGCCCACACCGUUGCUCCCAGAGGGAAGGCGUUCGGGAGUCCUGUCCAGAUAGGUGUCGUUCUCCUGAAGCCAAUUUGGAAGGCGGCGUGUACGUCUGUGACGGGGACCAGGAAAGAAAUGUCUGUGGUGCAGCAGUUGUCACCUGGAUGGUUACUGGAUCAUCUUUCUUUCAUUAACAAGAUUAACUAUCAACUUUAUCGACAUCACACACCUUGUUGUUGUCAAAAUGAACCAGCUUCUAGUUUCCUUGACUCUCCUCACGUGAAUUCCGUGCCCUCUUGUGGAUCCUCUUCUAAGUUUAUUGCUAUUGACUCUACCACCAAGCAAGAGAAUGAGGAUGGAGGAAAUUGUGAAAUGCCCAAACAAAAAUAUGUUUUUCGAGCUGAACUGUUUGAUGUCCCCAAACCUUAUAUUACAUCUACAGUCGACAAAGAAUCCCAACAAAGUAUUGAAAAGGAAGAUCUAAUGAACAGUGUUAAAAAAGAAAUGUCCACUGCCCGUAUGCGCAAGAAACGUAAAAGAUGUGUUGAUUUCAAUCAAGGUGAAUUGGAUGCGAUGGAAUACCAUACCAAGAUCAGGGAACUGAUUAUGGAGGGAUCAUCACAGUUAAUUCAAGAAGGUCUCAAAAGUGGCUUUCUUCAUCCAUUUUCUGAAAAAGAAGACAAAUGUAAAAAGCCCAUUACUUUACCACUCAAUACCUGCAGUUUGUCAGAUUUAUGUGAAAUGGCAAAACAUUUACCUUGCCUGAGUGAAAUGGAACUCCAGACAUUACAAUUGAUGGAAAAUAAUACUUCAUUUACAGAGCAGGAUUUAUUUUCACGGGUUGUUGAAAAUAAUUCUAGCUUUACAAAAAUGAUUACUUUAAUGGGACAGCAGUACUUUUUGCCACCAAGAAGCAGUUUUCUUUUGUCUGACAUUUCUUGUAUACAACCACUUCUGAACUGUAGGAAAGCAUAUGAUGUCAUUGUGAUAGAUCCACCAUGGCAAAACAAGUCAGUUAAAAGAAGUAAUAGAUACAGUUAUUUAUCUUAUCUGCAAAUAAAACAACUCCCCAUCUCUAAGCUGGCUGCUCCAAAUUGUCUGGUUAUCACUUGGGUGACCAAUAGACAGAAGAUUCUCCGUUUUGUAAAGGAAGAACUUUAUCCUUCUUGGUCUGUGGCUGUAGUUGCAGAAUGGCACUGGGUAAAAAUUACCAGUUCAGGAGAGUUUGUGUUCCCCUUAGAUUCUCUGCACAAAAAGCCUUAUGAAGGGCUUAUAAUUGGGAGAGUUCAAGAGAAAACUGCUUCACCAGUAAGGAAUACAGAUGAAAAAGUGCUCCCUGUUCCAGACCACAAGUUAAUUGUCAGUGUGCCCUGUACUCUUCAUUCACAUAAGCCGCCUCUUGCUGAGGUUCUGAAAGAUUAUAUGAAGCCAAAUGGGCGGUGUUUGGAAUUGUUUGCUCGAAAUUUACAGCCGGGUUGGACUAGCUGGGGCAAUGAAGUUCUCAAAUUUCAACAUGUGGAUUAUUUUGUUGCUCUGGAAUCUGGAAGCUGACUGUGGUCUUGAACUAGUAACUUUCUCUAGGUUUUCCUUAUCUUUUCCUAUUUUAUUUUUCCUGAUGUUACCCAUUGUUAACAAUGAGCACACAUAAACAUGUCAACAGGACUUGGCAUUUUAGCAAAAUGGUCAGAAGUAACUAAGCUUCUUAUAAUUUUGAGAUUCAUUUUACUUUGGUUGUACUGGUAUUGGACAUUUAUUGUUUUAGAUGCUACAAAUAAGGACAAAGGUGGCAGGUCUACAUUACUAGAGCAUGUCACUGAGGAUCCCAGGUCCUCAUCCAUCUGCCUAUUAUGAAGUCUCCUGAUCCACUUCCCCUCCCUCCCCAAAAGGGGAUCAAAAAUAACGAACUAUCAUUCUAAGAAAUCAGGAACUUUCACAGAAAGUUCAGGUUUCUGCUUUUUUAAAUAGUAGAGCUUGCCUACACAAUAAACAAUGUAUUUUUCCUGCAACAAACUGCAGGAUUUAGCAGCGGUGGCAUCUUGUUUGGGAAGGACCAUGUAUUCUGUAUUUCACCAUUUACUAAUGCGCUUACUAAUAGUACAUUUGGCCCUUUGCGACAAGAGUUUGCGAACACUGGAAAUUGCAUUAUGGAAAAAGUAUUCAAAGAUCCACCAAGUACUACAGCAUUGUACCAACUGAAUGAAACCAUUUUUGAAGGUUUAAAUUACAGUCAAGGUAACUUUUAAAAUACUACUUAGUUUUGUUUGUUUUCUAGAGGAAAAUUUUAAAAGUAUAUCUAUGAAAGGGUCAGAAAGCAAUCAUUGUUUAAGAUUGUGAAAAGACUAUUUUAGAACAUUUUCUACAAAUAAAUGUUUACUAAAUAAACUAUUUUGACUGAGUGAUUCUUUGAAAGCAUGCUGAUUUAUUAUAUAAUAA